UAAAGAGUUAAAAAUACUAUCUUCAGCAAAAGUUUUGUUUUAUUUAAAGAUUUAAUAAAGCGUACAUAAGCAAACAAGUUGCUGCUAAUUUUUCUAAACAGAGUUUUUGUCACUUCAAACGGUAUUUCUCAUUGAGCACGACAACAACGAGGGCAUGUGAUGCAAACAACAACUAAAUUGCGUCGUAAAUAAAGGAGGGCUACAGUAAUUGCUUAGUUACAUAUAAAUUGUGCUAUCCAUCGAUAAAUAAUGCCACCCAAGAAAAUAAACACAACAUCACAAUUUUGUGGUUAUUGCUCUGAGCUGAUACGAGAUGGUGUACAGUCCAGCAUCCAAUGUGUUGCUUGCCAACUCUGGUUUCACUCUAGGUGUACAGGCCUUUCAUCUGUGGAAUUUAAGGCCACAGCGAUCAGUAUCAAGAAAAAGGAGUCGGUUUGGAACUGUUCAUCCUGCAGCAAUGAUAUCAGUGUUAGGACAUGUGACAGCCACUUAUCUGAUGAUGAAGUUUUAACACACAUCUCGCCACAAGCUAAUGAAAUGGAAAGUCUCUUCCAGAAGUACUUUGAUCGCUUCACCUCUGACUAUGACCGCAAAUUUGAAGAUCUCAAAAAGUCAUUCGUAAGUAGCGUAAAUAACCUUAAGGAUGAGGUAAGCAAUCUGUCUAAACAAUAUACAACACUCGCUAAUAAAUGUACUGCCCUUAACGAUAGGCUUUCAUCAGUAGAGAAUAAAAUUAAUAAUAAACUCAAUGCCAAGCCUGACUUACCAGUGAGCAAGGAAGAUAUCUUCACUGAAAUGUUGGAACGUGAGCGCCGUAAAGUCAAUGUAAUUGCUCUAAACAUCCCGGAAUCAGUCAAACCAAUGGGUAAAGAUCGUUUGGAUGACGACAGGACAAAUCUAGUAGCCGCUUUGCCUUCUUGUCUCUCGAACAUUGCCACUGAAUUUAAGCUACGCAGACUAGGCCGACAUACACCGGGUCGUACACGUGCGCUACAUAUUACAACUCGCUCAGCUGAUGAUGCGCUCUCAAUUAUCAAAUACAGACCACCUAAUAGUAACACUGCAGUCUUUUUCAAAGCUGAUCUUACCCCUUCUCAACAACAGCACCUAAAAGAUUUACGACUGGAACUUGACUCUCUAGUAAAAAGCGGCAACGACAGUAUGACUAUAAAGUAUAUCCAUGGUAUGCCUAAGAUUGUAAAGAAGAAUUUUCGCUCGCACAACGAACAAGAAGAAAGUAUCUCUCAUCCAGUUAUAUUACCAGAACGUUCGAGGUCUGCGCACAAAACUCUGCGCAUUUCUGACCAACACGUCGUCUAACCAGUCUGAUAUCAUAUGCAUCACUGAGUCCUGGCUCCAUCCAUCUAUACGUGAUGGAGAAGUCAUUGACUCUUCUUAUAAUAUCUACCGUAAAGAUCGUACAUCUCAUGCUAAUCAUAAAGUACGUGGUGGUGGAGUCUUUAUCGCAUGCAAACGUUAUCUACACACUGAGCCAAUCUCUACUGAAAAUAAUAACCUAGAGCAAAUAUUCAUCAGGGUGAAGGGUGCAUCCCGUGACCUAAUUAUCGGCUGUGUAUACAUACCUCCUCAGUCACCUUAUGACAUCUUUGUUGACCACCUGGCCACUAUUUCUUUCAUUAGAGAAAAACACCAAGCAUCUGACUUACUGAUAGUUGGUGAUUUCAACCUCCCUAGCAGCUCUCCUCGUGCGGACUGUGAAAAACUACUUUACGACUGCUAUUCGCUCCUGAAUUGCACACAGCGCAACCACAUUCUCAAUGCUCACAACUCAGCCCUUGACUUAUGUUUCAGCGACAUCGACAUUUCUCCUGAACACUCGCUUGCCUUGGUUCCUGAAGACACAUAUCAUCCCGCUCUAGAUAUCACGCUCAACUUUCAGCCUGGACUAGUUCCUAUCUACUCCUCUACGUACUCUUUCAAAAAGGCCAACUAUGCUGAGCUCAACACUUUCUACCUGAGAACAAAUUGGAUCGAUUUAUAUAAACUCAGCACAAUUGAUAGCAAGCUUGAUUAUCUCUACGCUAAAAUCUUUGAAGGGAUUAACCAGUUCGUUCCAGCAUAUACUUAUAAACACAGCAGUUAUCCACCCUGGUUUUCAAAAGAUCUCAUUCGCAAAAUUAAAUUGAAGAAGUCGGCGCAUGCGUUGUACAAGACAAGACGUACCAACUACAAUUACUCUUGCUUCAGUAAACUGAGUGAAAAGUGAU